AUGUCCGAUACUACCUCUCUUAACCAGGCGUUUUUCAACAAGCUCGCACCGGACUAUGACCGGAGGUAUCAAGCAACCGUAAACAGGCUCCAAGACGAACUUCGAACACGAGCCACCUCGCUCGGUCUCCAGCAAGGCGGCCGUCUCCUCGACUAUGCCUGCGGAACCGGGCUUGUGACAAAGGCCCUCGGAGACCAACUAAGUCAGUGCGUGGGCGUCGAUAUAUCCGAGUCCAUGGUCCAACAAUACAACGCCAAAGCAAAAGCCGACGGCCACUCCGACAAGCGCAUCGCAUACGUGGGCAAUCUCAUCUCGCCUGAGGACCCCUCCCCCGCAGCAUUCUCAUCCCCCAACUUCUUCAACUUUGACAUGGCAGGCGUUGGCCUGGGCUUCCACCACGUCGACGACUGCGACCUAGCCGCCAAAAGACUGGCAGAGCGCCUUCGACCCGGCGGAGCCUUCUUCAUAGUCGACUUUAUCAGCCACGCGCCGGUGGAGUACCACUCCGCGUCGAGGGGUGUUCGCCACCACGGCUUCACAGAGGAUCAGGUCAAGACCAUUUUUGACGGGGCCGGCGUCGGCAAGAACUUUCACUACGAGGAAAUGAGCUCUGACAUUUCGUUUGACCAUGCCCACGGGGAAGGCAAGCACAUGGUCCGAAGGGUAUUUUUCGCAAGCGGGGAGAAGGAGGGGAUCAGUGCUCAGAUUUGA